AUGUCGAACAACGAUUUCAAUACACGUUUAUUUAAACAUCUUGAUGAUCAUCAAAAAGAUUAUAUUCAACGAUUAAGUGAUGCUGUUAGUAUUCCAUCUGUAUCAGCAUGGCCUGAACAUCGACAUGAAGUUGUUCGUAUGGUUGAUUGGACAAAAUCUUUAUUAGAAAAAUUAGGUGUUAAAGUUGAACUAUCUGAUGUUGGAAAACAAAAAAUUGCUGAUGGAAAGGAAAUCGAUUUACCAAACGUAAUUUUAGGCACUUACGGAAAUGAUAAAGCAAAAAAAACAGUACUAAUUUAUGGUCAUUUGGAUGUACAACCUGCUCAAGUUUCAGAUGGUUGGGAUACUGAACCAUUCGUCUUAACAGAAAAAAAUGGAAAAUUAUUUGGUCGUGGAUCAACUGAUGAUAAAGGUCCAGUUCUUAGUUGGCUUAAUGUUAUUGAAGCUUAUCAACAAUUAAAUGAACCAUUUCCAGUUAAUGUUAAAUUUUGUCUUGAAAGUAUGGAAGAAUAUGGUAGUGAAGGUCUCGAAGAUUUACUUAAAUCUUUAAAAAAUACAUUUCUUUCUGAUGUUGAUUUUGUUGUUAUUUCGGACAGUUAUUGGUUAGGUAAAGAAAAACCAUGUUUACAAUAUGGUCUUCGAGGAAUUUGUUAUUUCUUUCUUGAUGUUGAAUGUUCAACAAAAGAUUUACAUUCCGGUUGCUUUGGUGGUACAAUUCAUGAAGCAAUGACUGAUUUAAUUGCUCUAAUGAGCACAUUAGUCGAUGAUCAAGGUCAUAUUUUGAUUGAUGGUGUUUAUGAUGAAGUUGCACCACUUUUGCCCGAAGAAGAACAACUCUACAAACCUAUUACUUUUGAUACGAAAGCUUAUUGUUCUGAAGCCGGUGUUGAAAAAACAAUUCAAAAAGAAAAAGAACAAAUUUUAAUGCAUCGAUGGAGAUAUCCAUCUUUAUCUUUACAUGGAAUUCAAGGUGCAUUUGAUGGUGUUGGCUGUAAAACAGUUAUACCUCGUCAUGUUAUUGGAAAAUUUUCAAUUCGUAUUGUUCCAAAUAUGAAAAUUGCUACAUUAGAAAAAUUAGUUGAAAAACAUAUUCAAAACAUAAUGAAAGAACGAAAAUCUCCAAAUAAAGUUUCGGUUAAAUUAGAACAUGGUGGUGAUUAUUGGGUUGCUGAUCCAAACAAUCCACAAUAUAUUGCUGCACGUAAAGCAACAGUUGCUGUUCAUGGUAUUGAACCUGAUCUCACACGUGAAGGUGGUUCAAUUCCCAUAACAUUAACAUUCCAAGAACAAACAGGAAAAAAUGUUUUAUUAUUACCAAUUGGUGCAAGUGAUGAUGGUGCACAUUCUCAAAAUGAAAAAUUUGAUAUAAUCAAUUAUAUGAAUGGAAUGAAAGUGAUGGGUGCAUAUUUCCAAGAAAUCGCUAAAUUAUAA